CGCAUGCACGAGCACACAGGUGAUGAGGUCAUCCUUCUGUCCACCUUACAGACUUAACAAGUAGAAGAACAAAAAGCUGUGGUCGCCAUGGCUCUGGACGGAUGUGGCAUUUUCUGCAAGUAUGUCCUCAUCAUCUUCAACAUCAUCUUUGCGACACUCGGGUUCGCCUUCCUCGGGUUGGGUCUGUGGCUGAGGUUCAGUGACAACACCCGAGGAAUCUUUGAAAUAGACGCCCUCAGCUCGACCACGUUUGUAAUAGCUGUGACGGUCCUGAUCACACUCGGCUCCGUGAUGCUGUUCGUGGUCAUUUUUGGGGAUUACGGAGCGUGCAACGAGAAGAGAUGUGCUCUGCAAGUGUUCAAUGUUCUUCUGACUCUUCUGGCCAUAGCUGCUAUCGGGAUCGGAGUGAUCACUUACACCCAGAGAGUCGAGGUCGGGCAGCGUAUCGCAGAGUUUUACAGCAGCCUGUACGCUCUGUACGUGACCAACGGAGACCCCGUCAUCCGAGUGACUCUCACGUUCAUCCAAGAGAUGCUUCACUGCUGUGGAGUGACGGGGGUCCCGCUGGUCGAGACUCUGAAGUGCCCCAAACCAGCCUCCACCACCGAGCACCUCAUCAUGCCUAACUGUCCUCAGGUCAUCAGCUCACAGUUCGACAGUCAAGCUCCGCUGAUGCUCGGGAUCUUUGUGGGAACUGGAUCCCUGCUGGUCGUAGCUCUGAUUUGCAGCUCCACUCUCAGAUCAAAGAUCACUCAGACCUCCUCCACCUCUCAGUACAUCAUCCUGACUCAGUCCUCUCCCGUGCAGCUGGCUAACCCUCCACCCUCACAGCAGCAGGACUUUUUCUCCGUCUCGUACCCCGACCCCGACCAGGAGCCCGUGGUCUUCACCCCCCUCACUGUGGCUUCUCUGACUCAGGCUUAGUCCUCUCCCCUCUGUCCUGAUCUUAGUCUGUCAUCGCUCUGGUGUGCUCCAUCGUCCUCCUGAAGCAGCUCCGCACGGUGCAGGAGGAGGUCAAAGCGUCCUACGGGGCCGUGUACUGAGGGCGAGGAGGAGGAGGUCACUCUUCACGAGUCGUCAGGUUCAACCAGAA